GGCCCAUCUUAAAACUCAAAUAAUAUUGGGAGCUUAUUGUGAGUUGCACAAGUUGAAUAAAGACACGUGAAGCUAAGGUUUGAACCAGGAGGAACCUGACCUCUUGAAGGAAAGAUCAUUCACACUGCUGCUCAGAGAUUUGCUUUCUAAUCGUUGGCUGCAUGUUUAGCCAGGUGAUCACCGGUUAAGCCUCUGUAAUUGAAGGAGGUCAAUAGGGGAAGGAAAAACACAUGUGUCUUCCACAACAGUCACAACAGAAGCAGAGCACCAGUCAAGGAGGACAAGAAAGGGUCUACUUGUCUCACCAUUUAACACGAAGGUAUCAAGCAUGUCGAAAGCAGCAGAGAGGACAGCCUCUACAACUUCUGCCGACUCUGUCGCAUCAGCUACAUCCGCCGCAUCAGCUGCAUCAGCAGCAUCAAGUAGCAAAGAUGGUUCUACAUCGGGCUCGGUCUCAGGAGUACCCAAGAAAUCAAAGAAGUCUAAGAAAAACACAGAGAGCAUGAUCGUAGUCUACAACUCUGUGCUCAACAGCGUUUUUGGGGCGGAGAGAGAAUUGGCUCAAGCUGAGUUGGAUGAGUUGCAAGAGGCUUUCAAAGAGUUUGACUAUGAUCAAGAUGGCUACCUGAACUACAAGGAUGUGGCUGAAUGCAUGAGGACUAUGGGAUACAUGCCCACAGAGAUGGAGCUGCUGGAGAUAGUCCAACAGAUCAAGAUGAGAAUGGGCGGGUUGAUGGAUUUUGAGGACUUUAUUGAGCUGAUGGGACCCAGGAUGAUGGGAGAGACUGCUAACAUGCUGGGACUCAAGGAGCUCCAGUCCGCCUUUUUACAGUUUGACCUUGAUGGAGAUGGAAGGAUCACCCAGGACGAGAUGAAGGAGGCGAUUAAGACGAUGCUUGGGGAGAAGCUGAAGAAAGGAGAGCUGGAGGAGAUCUUAAAGGAGCUGGACAUUAACGCAGAUGGAACCAUCGACUUUGAAGAGUUUGUGAUGAUGCUCUCUAUUCGCUAGCUGCUACAAGAGAAGGGAUACACUCCUGAAUUACUCCAUAUACAGUUAACAUAACUAUGAGCCAAUAUUGCGAGUUUGUCAAUGUUUGUAAUGUUGGUAUAGACAUCUACAUAAUGUGUGCCUCACUCUGUAAUAAUUGUAUGAAUGAUGGAUUGUAAAAGGAGUUGGAAAGAUGCUGCGCGACUGCAUCAGAUGUGGAGCAUGCUGUUUUGCAGGGUUAUAAUAUGUAAAUAAGUUAUAAUAUGUUUUGCUAUUUUAAUAAAGAAAUGUAAAUGAGUUUUGAAAAUGUUCCUUUCAAUUAAACAACACAAAACUUU